CGUCGACAUCACCACACCGCCAGCCCUCAACACCAUGGUCAUUCGCACCAUACACGAUCUGAACGCCCAGCAACAGGCUUCGCCGCAGGCUCUACCUAGGCUCUUUACCGACACAGAGCGCUUUUCUCUCGCUGAUGCUGUGCAUCUGAAGCUAAAGCUACAAGCUCUCGAUCGCGCCAUAUCAAGCAUACGGCCAGAUAAUCAUAGCGGAAAUGAUAUCACCAAUAUUGACAAUGCCUGUAAAACAAACCCAUCUGGAGGAACCGUCUACGUCGCUGGCUCGGAGAGGUUCUACCUCGUAGUAAAAGGCCUCAGGGGGCCACGCGCCACUGCCGAUGCUUAUGCUGAAGCAUACAAGAAUGUGCUACGAGGCAGGCCCUAUGCUAACAAGUACAAGCUAUCCGGGUGGGCGGGGCCAAUACCCACCUUCUCCGAGAUACGUCCUCUACUACGGGAUAUUGACAUUGCCUGUGAUACCAACCUCGAAAGCGCCUUUGCCAUACUCGAGGAAAGAGCCAAACCCUUUCCCUUUCUUCGACUUCCCGCUGAGCUCCGGCUCCACACGUACUCGUUCGUUCUUCCCCCCGGGCCUCGCAUCGUCCUUGACCCUUCACGUCAACACGUCACACGUCCACGCCUCGACAUCAUGCGAACCAACAGGCAGUUACACAAUGAAGUCAGGAAGUUCUUCUACAGGAACCGAAGGAUGUUCAUCCAAGUAGGACCUGUCCUCAUGGACAAAGAGCGCGCAAUUGAAUAUGACGACGCCUUCAAGUGUUUACACAUGUCAACUACAAUAAACCCGACUACCCUGCAGCUUCUGAAAGAGAUGGAAUUUGAAUUCUACAAACUUCAAUGCGGCGAGUGCUAUCCCUCAGAGUCGUGGAUGAACCCCAUGAGCCGCAUAUAUGACACACUCAAGCUUGAGCGUAUCCGCAUCACCUUUACAAAGCGUGAUCGGUACCAUUUAACAGCAGCAAUGGCUUUGAACCCUGAAUUGCUGAAAGUGCAGCGGAUCCAAUACGAGAAAUUGGAGCGCUUUGGCAGGUGGUUCAUCAACCAGAUUCCGGCGUCCGUGGACGUGUCGUGGUCACGCGAGGACGCAGCAAUUUUCUUUAAUAGUACUGCUGUGGAGCAGCGUUUGUAUCAGGCCAUACAAGAAAGAGCAUCCCCUGGAACAGGUCAGGUUGUCGCGGUACAGGGACGAUUUCAGCAUGUCCCAUGAAAGGACGGCCUCGGACUUGUCCAUGCACAAAUGUAAAGCGCGGAUGCUCAUCUAUUCAAUGUCCAGCAUUUUGAGCGGUAUGAGUGUACUGUUGCCUAAAUAAAGUGAGUGAAGGUGAAGAAGCAGCCUCUUCUCUCACCUGCACCGCUCUUAGUCCAAAAAGGGAUAGUGUCGUUGUCGCCUGA